AUGUUCAGAUUAGCUAGAACACAUACUUUACCACCAUCAAGUUGGUGUAUACCCAAGUACUUUUCGUCAUCUCAUCCAAUAUUUCAAGAUUAUCCCCCUUUGGAUCACUCUAUGUUAAAUCCGUUAUCAGCAAAGAAUACAUCAUCAUCGCAGAAGAAUAAUGAAUUGUCGCAGAGCUUAAAUCAUCUGUAUUCGAACAAACAUGAAGUGUCAAGUAAACGGGAUUUCUUCGAAUAUAGCCAUAAACCAAAGGAUGAUGCACUAAGUUCAAGAUUAACUGGCGUUGUUGCUGGUAGAACUGUCAACGUGUUCAACAACGAUACAUCCAGUGCCUUCAGACAGUUGAAUGCAAUAAUGUUUGCAAACAAUAUUGCACAGGACAAGAGAGCUCAAAGGUUUUACAUGAAACCAGGAAAGGUCGCUGAGAUGAAAAGAUCACAAAAACAUAGGAGAGAUUUCAUGAAGGGUUUCAAGAGACUGAUUGAAAUUGUUAAAGAUGCGAAAAGAAAAGGUUAUUAA